AUGACAAGAACAAAGAAGAGCUCGUGGGCAUACAAGUUGUCACAGAUAAAGAAAGCAGAGAGAGAGGCACAACAAGGUCAGACGGUGAAGACUGAUGGUGAUGGUGAUGAUACUACACAAGAUCAACAACAACAACCACAACAACAAGAAGAACAGAACAAUACAACUCAAUCACCAUCAGUAGGAUCUAAACGUGAGUUGGUAGAUACAGAGACAAAGGGUAAACAGAAACAAAAGAAACAAAAGACAACGCCAGGUGUACAGACAUUGUACAAGGGUAGAUUCACAAAGUGGAAGAAACAUAGCAGACUCUUUGGAACAUCAGAGCAAAUCAGAGGAGUGCUGGUCACUUGUGAGAAGGCAAGAGAUGCUCAGUCAAUAGGUGAGGUGUUGGCUCUGUUGAAUGCUUACGCCGAUGUCUACUUCCCCGAGCCAUCACCGACCAAGCAAGACACUGUUGACAAUGAGAACAAGGUUGAUAUAAAGAAGUUCUUGCACUCGCGUGGACUUGAAGUGGAGGCCGAUGAGGACCAAGACGAUGCAGAUGAAACUGUUGUUGCUCAGGAUACUGAUGCAACCACAACAACUGCGACAACAUCCACAACAACCACAACAACUACUACAACGACGACUACCGAUACAGCUCAGAUUCUAACCAAACCGAAACGAUUCGAACUUAUCAAUGCAGCCUGCCAAGGAAUGUUUGUCGUCUCAAUCCUUCAAGAUAACAUAGAUGUUGUCACAUUCUUGUCAACAAUCAUUGUGGACCUCUAUCGACGAUUCCAUCCCAAUGGUGACCAAUUCAAACAGUUGCCACCAAGUGUCGAGGCAAUGCUGGCCACUGCCAAGAAUGAUGUUGUCAUCCCAGAGAGAGUAUUCAACAUCCGAUUCACCAAUAGGAUUAUGCCCAUUCAGAGGUCAACAGUGGCCUCGUUGGAUAGUGAUGUGAUACCAAUCAUGGAGAAGCUGGUGGAAAAUGCUUUUAACAAGGAUCAUCCAUCAACUUUUGCAAUUGAGCUCAGAUCAAGGAACAACCAAAGCAUCGACAAGACGCAAGCCACUGACAAGAUUGCAAAGUUGGUCAAGGAGCCUCACAAAGUGGACUUGUCCAAUCCAGAAAAGGUCAUCAUCGUUGAGAUCAUAAAGUCUGCGGUAACAAUGGCGAUUGUUAAUAACUUUAAACUGUUCAUGAGGUUCAAUGUUCGCGAGGCAAUCUUUGGAAAUCAUACAAAGCUCAAUGAGAUCAAGAAGCAGAAUAAGUUACAAGAGCAAGCCGCCGCCUCAACUGAUAUUGCCGCCCCCACAGAGUCAGUAAUCAAGACAACAUCUGAAUAA